CAUUCCCGGAUAAUACACGAGAAGACUUGAAACUAGUCACAAAACUCUUACUUUGUUUUCCUUUAUAUCUCACCGUGAAGAUAAUAUACAGGCGCAUAAUUGUUUCUUUGGCGGCUACAGGAAGAUAGUUCACCCUGGCUACAGUUUCCUGUUGUGAGUCAUCUAAAAUGUCCUCGUCGUCGCCUGUAGCAGAGAACUGGUGUUAUACUCAAAUCAAAGUUAUAAAAUUCUCCUACAUGUGGACGAUAAACAACUUUAGCUUUUGCCGUGAGGAAAUGGGAGAAACACUAAAAAGCUCUACAUUCUCAGCUGGGGCCAAUGAUAAGAUGAAAUGGUGCUUGAGAGUAAACCCAAGAGGCUUAGAUGAAGAAAGCAAAGACUAUUUGUCAUUAUACCUUCUCUUACUUGCCUGUAACAAAAGUGAAGUGAGAGCAAAAUUCAAGUUUUCAAUUCUUAAUGCCAACAGAGAAGAAACAAAGGCUAUGGAGAGUCAACGAGCUUACCGGUUUGUUCAAGGUAAAGACUGGGGUUUUAAGAAGUUUAUAAGAAGAGACUUUCUAAUGGAUGAAGCUAAUGGCUUAUUACCAAAUGAUACAUUAACAUUAUUUUGUGAGGUCAGUGUUGAAGGUGACUCAGUGAAUGUAUCAGGUUCAUCACACACAGCGGCUCUCAAAGUUCCAGAGUGUAAACUACCUAGACACAUGGGAUCAUUAUUAGACUCUGGUUCCUUCAGUGAUGUGACACUAUGUACUAGGGGCCGAGAAUUUAAAGCUCACAAAGCUAUACUGGCUGCACGUUCCCCUGUAUUUGGGGCCAUGUUUGAACAUGAAAUGGAAGAAAGUAGGAAAGGUCGUGUAGAAAUAAGUGACAUAGAUCCAGAUGUGUUUCAUGAGAUGCUAAAGUUUGUUUACACUGGUAGCACACCCCAACUUCAAGGAAUGGCAGAUGACCUUUUAGCAGCUGCUGAUAAGUAUGACCUUGAUAGACUCAAAGUUAUGUGUGAAGAGGCAUUGUGUUCAAAUCUUACAGUAGACAAUGUUUGUGAUAUUCUGAUAUUAGCUGACAUGCACAGUGCAACACAACUCAAGGCACAAGCACUUGACUUCAUCAAAAGCCGUGCAACAGAUGUGAUGGAGUCCAAUGGAUGGAAAACACUCAUAAGUGACCACACCCACCUCAUUGCAGAAGUUUUUAAAGCUGUUCUUGCCUCGACACACACACCCAUAAUAGGACCACCCAGGAAAAGACAAAAGACAACGUAAGCAGCAGAGGGACUAAUGAUAUCUUAAGAAUAAUUAUAAUAUUGUUAUUAUAGAAAAAAUAUAUAUUUUAAGAACAAUCACUUUUAAACCAUUCUGGGACUCUAUCACCCAAAGAUUUGUUGGGAUGUCUUUGUUAAAACAUCUUGUAUUGUAUGAUUAACUUAAUGGAGUAACCUUUAAUUAGACUCUCGCAAUGUUACCUGCUUCUCCCUCGGUCUAAAAUCUUUUGAGAAUGUUAGUAAUUUCACUAGUUUGGAUUAAGCAGUCAUUCCAGCUGCUUGCACCAACUACAGUAUCAUCAACCUGUGAUGUUCACAUAAGUCCAUCAUGGCAUCAAACACCCACACACAUUUUGUUCAUGAUAUUUAGAAUUUAAAUCUAAAUCUUAAAUUUUAUUCCGUGCAACUGCCCCUGAAAUUCUAAGAUUGGGAAAGCAUCUGUAUUGUAGCAUUAAAACACUGUGAUGUUAUGCAAUGAUCAGUUCAAAGCUCCAACAUAACCCCCCCCCCCCAUAGCCCCCCAGGCAUUUGAACUUUGAAGAUUGGUUUGGGCAAAAAUCAUGUUGAAAUACCCCACUCAACGUUUCAUUGAAAGGCAAACUCAGCAACCAUGACUUCGUACUCCCUGACCAAGUUUUAAAACUUAGGCUUGUAGAUAUCUUUCUAUUAGCCAUUUGCCUGCAAAAGUGAACUAUUUACCUUAAACACCACCAUGAUUUUAAAUAUAACACUUGAAUUCUGCUGGAAAGACUUGACAGGUGACACUUCCCGUUGAAAUUCCCCACCCCAUCCAGACAAGGUUCAAAUUCCCCACCACCCAGCCAUGAAUAAAAGGUCAAAUUCCUGAGGGCUGCCCAGGAGGGGGGGGGAUGUUGGGGCCUUAAACUGAUCAGUUCAUUAUCUGCUACAAUUAACAAUUUAGCAGAUGUGAUGGCACAUAUUAUUUGUUUCACUUUUGCGACUUUUCACUGAACUAUAUUGAUUUUUUUUUCUUGCCUCACCCUAAUUGCUUUAAAUUUGAAACAAAAAAUUGUUGCUCCUAAAAGAAUUUCAUGUUAGAUAGUUUCCCCUCCCUCUCUCUCUCUCUUUCUCCCACAAGAAAAAAAAAAUUUAAGAUUGGUAAACUGGCCAGAACCAGAGUGAACCUUGUAUCAUAGUGUAUCAUACUAGUGUCUGUAAGUAAUUGUCAUAAUUAUCAACAUUAAUUAGAAAGUCAAAAUAGUAUGGAAAGAAAUUUCUCUAAGCUAAAAUUUAAUGGGUCAUGGUUCAGAAAUGUUUCUUGUUGACAAUAGAAUGUGACCAAAUUCCUUUUAUACCAUCUCCACAUCGCCAUACAGCUGUAGUGUGGUAAGGUGGCCACGGGUGUGUUACGUGUGAGGAUAAAGGAGUGACAAAGACCUGAAGUAAUAAUUCCAUGCUGAGGCAAAAUACUCUAUUAGCCACUUACAGUAUACCGGUACAUUGACUUGAAGUCUCUUUCACUGCCACUGUUUGCUGAGAUCGUGUAGUCUGAUUAUCCAGGUCUUAUUAGCAACAACAGUCCUCAGAAGCGCUCUUGUUGGUAGGACUGACCUUUUAACAACCUUAGAGAAAGACACUUAAUUCCAAGGCAAUUUAUCAUUGGUAGGGGAGAGAAUAGCUUAUCAUAUCUUAGAUAUUGAUGAGGAAUGGGACAAUUGUUGUUGUAAACUCAGCUGGUUUGGGUUUGGUUCUCAGCAACAAAGCAAGAUUAACUGCUGAGAUGAACAAUCUUAGCAAUCUAGGAUAUCAUGUUAGUAUCUGACAGGUACAUCUACCAUUUGGGGAUACAUUUUAUUGCAUGCGUUAGUUUAGGCUGUGCAUAGCAGGCAGAUUGUUUGCAUAGCAGGCAGAUUGCUGGUUGUUUGCAUAUCAGGCAGAUUGCAGGUUUGCAUAGCAGGCAGAUUGCAGAUUGUUUGCAUAGCAGGCAGAUUGCAGAUUGAUAAUAGGAAGGAGGGUUAAAGUUAUGAGCAAAGCUGAAGACAUGCAAGGAGUGGCUCUUCUUGCGAUUUCUAACUUCAUUCACCCUAUUUCAAGUCGCUGGCAUGUACCUAUCUUUGUACCUUUUAAGCAGUCGUGCAUCGUCUUCCCCAGGUUGAAUUAUGGGAAUCCUUUUUGUCUCUUUACAGGUAUUCGUUACUGCUCUCAAACUGUGUUUGUUUCUGUAGUUUGGUGUUACAAAAAAUUAAUUUUGGGCACAAGUAGUAUGAUUUGUGAGAAUGGGUCUUUCCUUUGACUCUAGCUCUGUGCAUUCAAGUCUUGCUCUGUUCUCUCUCUAUUCGUAAGUAUUAAUUAACAAAGAACUUUUAAGUAUCAUGCGAGGGCGGCAGAUCAUAUCUUGUUUAAACGCUUGACAAAUGCACCUCUAAAAUCUUAAUUGAUACUUUGCGGCAAAGAUUUUGGCUUUACAAUUCAAUUAACUGAGGGUCUCUUAGAGUGCUUUGUGGUAUGCUUUCCGGUAAUUCAUUGGUGGCUACAGGGAUAAAUGUUCUAGUUGCAAAAGAUUUGUAACGAUCGCCAAGGUAACACACACUGACAGGUACCAGCCAUUUUGUAAAUACUGUAGUAUUCUUUCCGGUCACGGUUGGCGGGACUAGGAAAGAUUGCGUGAUGGUGUCGACAGUGGGCUUUAAAAGUUUUAAAAAUUGAUACCAAAUCAAGAAUAGUUGAGAAAUAUUUCUAUGUAUUUUUUUUCUUUUUAAACGUUAUCUGAUACUCCUAAAAGGAGCAAUUUAUUAUCUUUAUCAACGUUCACAAGAACGUUGACGUGAGUACGACACCCUAUGAAACUGAGGACUGAGAAAUUAGAACACACCCGGUAUUUUUGCCCCAAAUUUACUAUGCCGCCUGUUUCCAUCUUGCAUAUAAAUAAUUGCACAAGAUACGGUGUAGGGGUGGUUAAAGAAUGCUCCUGACAAACUCCCCCACCCUGUUACCGAGAGACAUUUUUAUCCUUGCCCUCCCCCCUACGAGAAAGCUUCGUGAGUGAAUAAUUAAAGAUGACUGCAGCGCAACGACGCUUAAAAAAAUUUUAUCCAUACUAAUCAAAGUUUGUUAGAUUUCUUAACUUCUCGUUUUAUAAGAAAUCUCAUUAUUUCGGGAAUUAAAAAAAAGAGUAAGAGAGCCAUUACAGUGUGCCCAAAGUCUCUCGAGGAGAGAGACAAACGUUGUAUGGAAAUUUUGAUGCUGAUGCACAAAAAGCCCAUUGUAGACACUAGUUACUUUAUUUGUAGUUGUACGUAUAGGUAUGUAUGUCUGUAUUUAAUAAGAGGCAUUAUGUCUCGUAGAAUCACGACACCUUUGGAUAUUUAUUUUACAAUUGAAGUAAACAAUAUUGUCCAACUAUUGUGA